AUGAGGCUAUCCACAACCUCCAAGGAAUGGGAGAAGGACCUUCAAGGAAACAUCCAAACCACCCUACCAGCUCAAAGGUACUUUCCAACCACCUUGAAGGGUCUUGCCCUUAUAUGGUUCAACAAGCACGUACCAAAGGGAAGCAUCAAGAGCUACAGUGAGCUUGAAAAGGUUUUCAUCAGUCAAUUCGCGGCGGGUCGGAGGCACCAAAAGACAAGUGUCAACUUAAUGGCAGUCAGACAGGGAGAGACGGAGACCCUUCGCAAUUAUAUUAAGAGAUUCAAUGAAGAAGUCCUAAAGAUACACAAUCUCAAGGACGAAACCAAGUUCGCAGCCCUCUUGGCAGGUCUUCAGCCAGAUGACUUCAAGUUUGAAUUGGUCAAGUCCGGGGUGUCCAACCUCGAGGAAGCAAUGGAGAAGGCCCAAAUGCACAUUCAAGCCACAGAUAUUUGUAAGAUCAAUUGGGGUGGUGAGAGUGGAACAAGGCAAAAACAAAAGCCAAGACCAAACGGCAGCCACGACCAAACUCAGCCCUCCCUCAAAAAGUCGGUUGUGGUUGAUGACCAUGGUGAGGAUCCGAGGUACAACCGCAAUAGGCGGGAGAUUUACCUUGAUCUCAAAGGAAAAGACAUCCUCCCUAAGCCACCUGCAAUCCGUACGCCCGAAGCAAAGCGAGACAAGUCACUUCGGUGUGAGUUUCACCACGAGUGCGGGCACACCACAAAGAACUGUAGGGAGCUGAAAAAGACACUGGAUCACUUGGCUGACAAGGGCAAGCUGAAUAAUUACUUAAGGAAGAAUCCCCCAAAACCAACAGCCAAAUGGAAGGAUCUGGCAAGCGAGGUUAAGCAACAUGGGCGAUGA